AUGCCCUGGGGUAGGAGACAUGACGAUGAAGUAAUGAGGCUGGUUCCAUAUAGUAGAAUUGCACACCGACCUCAUUAUAGACAUACCUUGUGGGAUGAUUAUAAAAUAUUUCUUUCACAAGUUAAAACAGUAUCUGUUACAGAUGGAUCUGAUUUUGGUAAAAUCAAUGGGGAAAAAAAGUUGUAUGUUAAUGCAACGUUUGUUGUAAAGAUUCCAGAAGCACAUGAGUCAAAAAUUCAAAUUACGAUUCUCACAGUAACUGUGACUGUGCUAUACAACAUACAUAAUGGAAGAAAUGUUACCUACAUACACCACUGUAAAAAACACUCAGUAAGCAGAAACAAGCUGAGUUAUGCUUGUUGUGGGAACCAUCAUUUUCAACUAGCGAGGAUAUAUAAAAAUUGA